AUGAAUCCUUCUCCCAUGCUAAGGGGUCUCUCCUGCCCAGCCCAGGAUACCAACUGCACCAAGAUUAUGGCCUCCAUGAGUGAGUGGAACAACACAGAAGAGGACGCCUACCAUCUGGUCGACCUUCCUUCCAUCGCCCCCACAGCAGUGGUGUUGCCACCCAGCUCCCAGAAUAUCUUCCCCACAGCAGAUGUCCCGGACCAUGCCCACUAUACCAUUGGUGCUACCAUCCUGGCUGUGGGCUUCACAGGAGUGCUGGGGAACCUGUUGGUCAUCUACACAUUCUGCAGGAGCCACAGCCUACGCACACCAGCCAACAUGUUCAUUAUCAACCUUGCCAUCAGCGAUUUUUUCAUGUCCUUCACCCAAGCCCCAGUAUUCUUUGCCAGCAGCAUGUACAAACGCUGGAUCUUUGGAGAGAAAGCGUGUGAAUUUUAUGCCUUCUGUGGGGCUCUCUUCGGCAUCACCUCCAUGAUAACGCUGAUGGCAAUUGCCCUGGACCGGUACUUUGUCAUUACUCGCCCUCUGGCCUCUAUUGGUGUGAUUUCAAAGAAGAAGACUGGCUUCAUCCUCCUGGGAGUCUGGUUGUACUCUUUGGCCUGGAGCCUUCCACCCUUCUUUGGAUGGAGUGCCUAUGUUCCUGAGGGGCUGCUCACAUCUUGUUCCUGGGAUUACACAACCUUCACGCCAUCGGUCCGGGCGUACACCAUGCUGCUUUUUUGUUUUGUCUUCUUCAUUCCCCUGAUUGUAAUCAUCUACUGCUACAUCUUCAUCUUCAGAGCCAUUCAGGACACCAACAAGGCUGUUCACAGUAUCGGAUCUGGUGAGAGCACGGCAUCCCCAAGGCACUGUCAAAGGAUGAAGAAUGAAUGGAAGAUGGCAAAGAUCGCCCUGGUGGUUAUCCUCCUUUAUGUGCUGUCCUGGGCCCCCUAUUCCACCGUGGCCCUGGUGGCCUUUGCUGGGUAUUCCCACAUCCUGACUCCCUACAUGAACUCUGUGCCAGCCAUCAUCGCCAAAGCCUCUGCCAUCCACAAUCCCAUCAUUUAUGCUAUCAGCCACCCCAAGUACAGAAUGGCCAUUGCCCAGAACUUUCCAUGCCUUAGGGCCUUGCUCUGUGUAAGGCACCCUCGCACUCGAUCCUUCAGUAGUUACCGCUUCACCCGUCGCUCGACUAUGACCAGCCAAGCAUCUGACAUCAGCUGGCUGCCCCGAGGAAGACGUCAGUUAUCCUUGGGCUCUGAGAGCGAAAUCGGUUGGAACAACAUGGAGGCAGGUACCACAAGCCUGACCUCGAGGAAUCAACAGGGGUCCUGCAGGAUGGACCAAGAGACCAUGGAAACAAGAGAGCUGGCAGCCAUAGCCAAGGCCAAGGGCCGAAGCUGGGAGACUCUGGAGAAGACAUUGGAGGAGAUGGAUGACUCAUCUCUACUAGAGACAGGGACCCUGCUCCCCAGCCUGGAUCUUCAAAUCUAAAUGUGAUUCUGCACCCUGCCCAGAGGCCAUUCACCAUUCUGGGCUUUUGGAAAUGUGUCUACUUCCUCUGGAAAACACCCAUCUAAGUACCUACUGCACACUCACGCAUUUAUUCCCCCAAAAGAGAAACCAGAACACUUUCAAUGUUGCCAAGUGUCUGGUGCCCUACUUCGACUCUGCAGCUCUGGUACAGAUGCCCCCCUUCCCUCUCUCUGGAGCAUGGUUCUCCAGCCCUACUCUCCUGAGCAAUAUUCACCCCCAGUGUAUUUCCAGGAUGUUCGAAAAACUGGGCCAUGGUUCAAUCGGCUGCUCCCAAGGGCAGUUUCUUUCUGUUCUAUCUCUUUGGUAGUUGGCUAUCCUUUGGGAUAUAAGCUGUUAAAAAAAAAAUAGUGAUGGCUCUCUAGCAGUAAAAGAAAAGGGAUCUGAGUCGUGCCAAGAUAAUUUGAAAUAUUGUAAUCUUGUUUUCUCCCCAUUCUCUUUCCAUGACUAAACCAGUUUCCCAGAUGACAGGGUUAACCUCAUUCUUUUCAUGCGUAACAUGUGUGUUCAAAUACUAUGUGUUUGUGGCCGACUUUCAUUGUAAAAUCGAUGUUUCUCUGCCCUCUCUCUGGUUCUAAUGUAUGUUUCAGGGAAAAAUGUCCCCAAGGACAAGUGUAAUCACAAGCCAUUGUCUGUUGCUGUGGGAUGGUGCUCCAUUGGAGGGUUGGGAUUCCACUGGCAUAGAGAACUCCCGUGUGAGCAAACUGCCUCUCCCAAAGCGGGUUGGCUUCUCCUCUGUGACUUACAGUCUCAGAGACUUGCCUGGAGCAGAAAUGUCAUCCGCAUCACUGGCAGCCUCCAAACUCCAGAGUACAACCAAAACUACAUUAAAAUAUCAUUGGGCAAUCUGAAAAAAAUUAAAAUACAAUAGAAUAUAGAUAAUAUUACUGUGUGGUUUUCAAAGUCAACAUGUGGUCUGAAGGGUUUAGUGGCCACAACUCCCCAGGCCAACUCUCAGGGCACUAAAUCAUGCUGCCUCUCAUUGGAUGGAAGACGGGUAGAAGCGACAGCAGGAUGGCCAUUGGAUGGAAGUGGGUAGAAGUGACAGCAGGAUGGCCAUUGGAUGGAAGCGGGUAGAAGUGAUAGCAGGAUGGCCAUUGGAUGGAAGUGGGUAGAAGUGACAGCAGGAUGGCCAUUGGAUGGAAGCGGGUAGAAGUGACAGCAGGAUGGCCAUUGGAUGGAAGACAGGUAGAAGCAACAGCAGGAUGGCCAAGGUCUGAGUAAUUGUUGUCACUGAGCUUGGUCUGGGAGAAUAGACAAUGGAACCCAUUCCUGGGUCUCUGUCCCAUCCAAGAGGUGGGAAGCUACAGGAGCAGAAUACUACAUUCAGUGUCCAACGUGGAUCUUGUUUCACCAUGUAUGUGUGUUAUUGUUCUUACAAGGGAGGGUUAAAUGUGGGUAUUGGGGAGGGAAUAUCGGGAAAUAACUUGUGUACAGAAUCAAAAGCAUCAAUAAAACUUUUGUAAAAU